AUGGCACAACAGAGGGGGACAGAUUCAUCCCCCAACGAAAACAAUCGGCUUGGUGCACUGGUGGAAGAAAAGGAGUCUGAAACCCCGAUCAAUGGCAACAGCAAUGAAACCCACAGAUGCUCAGGGACAGCAAUCAGUACAGAUGACCUCCCUCCGAGAAUGGACUCAAACCUGACCAGACACGAUACCGUCACGACCACCAGGACCGGCAGAACUGUCACGCUAGAUCAGCAUCACAGCUUGACAAACACGGUCUCCCGAGUGCCCACGGCCACGCAACCACCAUCUUUCUCCCUGGCGCACGAGAUCCUCUUCAUCGCCGUCAUCAGCUCCGCGCAGCUUCUGACCCAAUCGGCGCUCGCACAGUCCAUUGCUCCCCUGCACGUCAUCGGCCGCUCUUUCAACACCACCAACCCGGGCCAACUGUCCUGGCUCGCGGCCGGCUACUCCUUGACCGUGGGGACGUUCAUUCUCCCUGCAGGGAGAUGGGGAGAUCUGUAUGGGCACAAGAAGCUCUUUAUCGUCGGCUAUUUCUGGUUCGCGCUGUGGUCCCUGAUCGCCGGCUUCGCCAUCUUCUCGCGGUCCUUGAUUUUCUUCGCCUUCUGUCGCGGCAUGCAGGGCAUCGGCCCUGCCAUCUUGCUCCCCAACGGUAUCGCGGUGCUGGCUCGGACCUAUCCGCCCGGGAAGAAAAAGAACAUGGUGCUCAGCAUCUUCGGGGCCACCGCCCCAGUCGGCUUCGUCGUCGGCGCUGUCUUUUCAGGGAUUUUCGCCCAGUUUGUCUGGUGGCCCUGGGCCUACUGGGUCUUGGCUAUGGUGUUGGCCCUGCUCGGAAUCGUGGUCGUCUUCGUCAUUCCUCACAUGCCGGUCGCGGGGCCUUCGGCAACUUUCAAGGAGCUCGAUGCUACUGGCACCGCGCUCGGCGUGGUGGGACUGAUUUUCUUCAAUUUUGCCUGGAAUGAAGGUCCCGCCGCCGGAUGGGGCAAGGUUUAUGUCUAUGUUCUCUUGAUCAUCGGCGUGGUGUUGCUUGUCGCCUUCUUCUGGUUUGAGAAGAACAGGGCCACGUUCCCGUUGUUGCCAAUGUCGUCGUUCACAAUGGACACAAACCUCGUCUUUGGAUGCGAAGCCCUGGGUUGGAGUUCGUUUGGAGUCUGGGUAUUCUACCUGUGGCAAUUUCUCGAGCUCGAAAGGGGUCAAUCCAUUCUGCUCUCAGCCGCCCAGCUCGUUCCCACCGCGUUGUCCGGCUGUGUGGCGGCGAUCACGACCGGGGUUUUGAUUGCCAAAAUUCAACCAGGAUGGAUCAUGCUCAUCAGCAUCAGUGCGUUCCUGACCGGAAUGGUUCUGCUCGCCACGAUGCCCGUGCAUCAGACCUACUGGGCGCAAACUUUCAUGGCGGCGGUCAUCACCCCCUGGGGAAUGGACAUGUCGUUCCCGUCCGGGAACAUUGUGCUGUCCGACCACAUGCCGCCCGAGCAUCAGGGACUGGCGGCAUCCCUCAUCAACACGGUCAUCAAUUAUAGCAUUUCCAUUGGCUUGGGCAUGGCGGGCACCGUCGAAGUCCAUGUAAACUCGGGCGGCCGGAACCAGCUGCAGGGCUAUCGCGGAGCCUGGUAUUUGGCAAUCGGAUUUGACGGAUUGGGCAUCCUGUGCGCCAUAUGCCUGAUCCUUUCUUGGAGGGCGCGGGUCAAAGGUAAACAAAAGGUCAACAAUCAAAAGGACGUGGAGGACUUGGCGUAA